AAAACAAAAUAGUAUUAAAUGCCUUCAUAUCUUCUUUGAAAACUCUUUGUCCACUUUCUCUUCAUAUAUUUUUGGUUUGUUCUUCUCAUUCACUCUCUAUAGACCAUCUCCCUCCCUCCCUCCCUCUCUGACUGUAUACACUUUCUCAGAAGAUUGAUCUAUGGCCAAGGGAAGAGGCACUGUAUCAUGCUCGGCUCGUGCUAUAGUAGCUUUGAUGGUUAUCUCAGUGUUGGUGCUUCAGUCUUAUUACGUUCAAGCUUCGACUUACAUUGUUGGUGAUUCUUUGAAAUGGGCCUUUAAUGUUGUGGACUGGCCUAAAGGCAAACAUUUUAAAGCCGGUGAUGUUCUCGUGUUUAACUAUAAUCCGAGUUUUCACAACGUGGUCGUGGUGGAUAGUGGAGGGUACAACAAUUGCAAAACUCCGGCAGGUGCGACAACAUACACUUCAGGCAAAGAUCAUCUAACUUUGUCUAAAGGACAAAACUUCUUCAUCUGCAAUUUUCCAGGCCAUUGUGAAGGCAAUAUGAAAAUUGCAGUCACUGCCGUUUGAUUUUCAUCAUGCAUUCAAGAUAGUACUAUGAUCUUCACUUUGUCUAUGUUCUUAAGAAAAAUAUAUUAAGCAUCCAAUAAAUUUUGCAUCAUUAAUUA